CAGCACAGAGCGGGCAAGGCCGGGCAGGCCAUGGGGCACUGGGCGCUGCUGCCUGGCUGGGUUUCUGCUUCGCUGUUGUUGGCACUGGCCGCUCUGCCUGCAGCCCUGGCCGCCAACAGCAGUGGCCGAUGGUGGGGCAUCGUAAACGUAGCCUCCUCCACGAACCUGCUGACCGACUCCAAGAGUCUGCAACUGGUACUCGAGCCCAGUCUGCAGCUGCUGAGCCGCAAACAGCGGCGGCUGAUCCGCCAGAACCCGGGGAUCCUGCACAGUGUGAGCGGGGGGCUGCAGAGUGCUGUGCGAGAGUGCAAGUGGCAGUUCCGGAACCGCCGCUGGAACUGUCCCACAGCUUCAGGGCCCCACCUCUUCGGCAAGAUCGUCAACCGAGGCUGUAGGGAAACAGCAUUUAUCUUCGCCAUCACCUCGGCCGGGGUUACUCAUUCGGUGGCGCGCUCCUGCUCGGAGGGUUCCAUCGAGUCCUGCACGUGCGACUACCGGCGGCGCGGCCCUGGGGGCCCCGAUUGGCACUGGGGGGGCUGCAGCGACAACAUCGACUUCGGCCGCCUCUUUGGCCGGGAGUUUGUGGACUCCGGGGAGAAGGGGCGGGACCUGCGCUUCCUCAUGAACCUUCACAACAACGAGGCGGGCCGCACGACCGUGUUCUCCGAGAUGCGCCAGGAGUGCAAGUGCCAUGGGAUGUCCGGCUCGUGCACUGUGCGCACGUGCUGGAUGCGGCUGCCCACGCUACGCGCAGUGGGCGACGUGCUGCGGGACCGCUUCGACGGCGCCUCACGCGUCCUCUACGGCAAUCGCGGCAACAACCGUGCCUCGCGGGCGGAACUGCUGCGCCUCGAGCCCGAGGACCCCGCGCACAAGCCUCCCUCCCCCCACGACCUCGUCUACUUCGAGAAAUCGCCCAACUUCUGCACAUACAGCGGGCGCCUAGGUACAGCGGGCACGGCGGGGCGCGCCUGCAACAGCUCGUCGCCCGCGCUGGACGGCUGCGAGCUGCUCUGCUGCGGCCGGGGCCAUCGCACGCGCACGCAGCGCGUCACCGAGCGCUGCAACUGCACCUUCCACUGGUGCUGCCACGUCAGCUGCCGCAACUGCACGCACACUCGCGUACUGCACGAGUGCCUGUGAGGCGCUGCGCGGACUCGUCCCUAGGAGCGUUCUCCU